UCUCUCUCUCUUCUUUUCUCUUUCUCUUUCUAGUCCUCCUUUUCUAUCUCUCAAGUCUCAACGAGAAGAGAGUUCGAUCAGAAAAAAAAUAAAAAUUACAUAACACAAACGCGAAUAUCAAUAAUCAACGACAUAGAUAAAACAAAUCUGAAAAAAUACAUCAAUAAAAUACAAUCAAAAUAUCUAGGGUUUCAAAAUCAUACAUUCCCUCUAUUUUUCUUUUUCUCGUUUUCUUCAACUUUCCUUCCCACCAAACACCGUUCCCGCUUCUGCAUUCUUUCAUCCUAAGAAAACAAUUUCGGAUGUAGCAGCACCUGGUGCUUUCCCUUUUUCAAUUUUUAUUUCAUUUUUUGUUCCCAAUUUUACCUGGAGAGGUUGAAUUUCCGGGAAAAUUGACCUCCAUUUUCUGCUUCCUGCAACCUUCGCCGCCGGCUGCGAUUGACUCGUCAACGACGAGUACUUCAAGGUGUUUUUGUCUGAUUGGUUGAUCCACUGGUGAAAGUUCUUGGCAUGGAAGGAGGGGAAGGGAAUGGUUGAUGGCGUUUGUAAUUAAUGCUCACUUUUGUCCAGUUUUUUUAUUUGUUGAAGCCAUUUGUAAAUUUUUGAUUGGUAAAAGGGUUUGAAUGCAUUUUGAUCUAUGGAUUUGGAAGCAGUUCCAUCUUCCAUGGAUUUGUUGAAAUGUUGCAACUGUGGGUGUAGUUGCUGCUCCUCUCUAGCUCAAUCUUUGGACCCUUGGAUGCGUUCCAUUAAACGGAAGCAUGAUGAGCUUGAACUGGAUAGCCAUUUGUCUGAACCUGCGGUUGCACGGGUUGAAAUCGAGAACGAAUGCGCAGUCUUACGUGAGAUGGUCAGCAAUCAGCAGAAAACUAUGCAAGAUUUAAAUGCUGAAUUGGAGGAGGAGAGAAAUUCUUCAUCCACGGCUGCAAAUGAGGCAAUGUCAAUGAUAUUGAGGUUGCAAAGGGAGAAGGCAGAGAUUCAAAUGGAAGCACGUCAAUUCAAGCGUUUUGCAGAGGAGAAGAUGACACAUGAUCAGGAGGAGCUUUCAUCGUUGGAGGAUUUUUUAUAUAAGAGGGAACAGAUAAUUCAGUCACUAACUUGUGAAGUUCAGGCUUACAAGCACAGGUUGAUGAGUUUUGGGCUCACUGAGGCCGAGGCAGAGGGUGAUCAAUAUGAACUUCCAACCUAUGAAUACCCUCCUUUGAAAUGUAAUGUGGUGCAUGCUACCAUGGAUGUUGAUAAUGAUGACACAGAUAUUGAGAAAAAUGUAUUCGGUGAAACUCCUAAUGACCGUUUGAGGAACUUGGAAAAUAGGAUUUCUCAAAUGGAGAAAUGUCCCACUCUGGACAAAGUGAUUGUUGGACAAUCUCCAAGUCGAACUAGACAUUCCAGAAAAUUUUCCUGUGACUCAACAUCAUCAUUUGGUGGGAUGGGGAGAGAAACAGGUCCUGAAAUUCAGACAGAUUCUCCCAUGCUCAAUAAUAACUACAGAAAAGAUUAUUUCUCACAGUCAGAGGACCAUUCGAAUUUGAAGAAGGUGGAUAAUGCAUCAGAAGGUGAUGAUAUGAGUGAUAGAAUUUAUACAGUUGACUCUGUUCAUUGUGGAGCACCAUAUAAUGGUUUCACAGAUUCCAAAGCUGGAGCUGGUGUUUUCGAAGAUUAUGCAACCAUUCCAAGGGAGUCAGGGAAUCAUGCUGAUCUUGAAGAUCCCUACAUAAAGAAGCUUUACAUGAGGCUUCAGGCACUUGAAGCUGAUAGGGAAUCAAUGAGGCAGGCAAUCAUUUCAAUGAGCACAGACAAAGCACAGCUUGUGUUACUGAAGGAAAUAGCUCAACAUUUAAGCAAAGAGAUGUCACCACAAAGGAAAAUGACGAGGAAGCCUUCUAUUGUUGGCACUUAUGCAUUCUUCUCAAUUUUUAAGUGGAUUACAUCAGUUGUUUUAUGGAGAAAGGAAGCUCAUGAAAGCAGGUAUAAGUUCGGGGUACCUGCUGACAGUGCGGGCUUGCUGCUGCUACUGGACAACGGACCACUUGCAAGGACUUUAAGAUGUAUUUCAAGUACACAAGUGGGACAUUGAUUCUGCAAUUCUCGUGUCUAAUGUGGGAGCAUCAACUGAAUUUUAGUAACACUACUAUGAUAAGAUUUUGCCCCCCAACAAAAAAUAAAUAAAUAUUUUUCGCCGAGAAAGUGGUGUAUUGUGCAGUUUUCUUUCAUUUCUUUUGUAUGAAAUUGAAUGAGUUUUGUUGGUUGAUUGGUGAAACUUGGAUAUGAUAUGACAUAAGAGCAUUUUCACUUGUAUGCUUUGUUUGAGUUG